AUGCGGGCGAAUACAAACUACAUAAUGGCAGUAGUUGCUGUAUCUCUGCUAUGGAUAUUCAUUAUGAUUGCUUAUCUUGGAUUAUUGGAUGAGCCAAAAGCACGAAUCAUUGCUUUACGUCAACGAUAUCAUGCAUCAGUUCAUCCAGCCUUUGAUGGUCAUUCUCAGCUGAUUAUGCUAUCCGCAACUCAUAAUGACCACAACGAUGAUAUAUCAAAAGAAAUUCAGGAAGAGCAAUUUUCACUGAAUAAAGCACCGGAAGUUGAUCUUGAAAAACUAUCCAUUGUGCAAAAUCAGCAGGAAGAGAAACAGCGCGAAAUAAGUUACGCCAAAUAUGCGUUUAAUGAAUUUUUGAGCAACAGAAUCGGACCACGGCGAAAAAUUCCGGACACACGACAUUACUUAUGCCUAAAUGAAAGCUAUUCGGAAGAAUUACCAGCAGCAAGUAUUAUCAUCUGUUAUUAUAAUGAAGCUUCAUCUGCUUUGAUUCGCAUGGUUAAUAGUAUUCUGGAUAGAACGCCAUCAAAUUUGAUUAAUGAAAUAUUACUAGUGAAUGACUACAGCGAUCUUGACAAUGCAUCUGAUGUUGCGGUACGCGCAUAUGCUCAUGAGAACUGGAACAGUGACAUAGUGAAAAUGUUGAAUACUGAAAAGAAUGAGGGAUUGAUCCGAGCAAAAAUAUUUGGAGCUCAACAUGCUACAGGUGAGGUACUGGUGUUUCUGGAUAGUCAUUGCGAAGUGAAUGAACGAUGGCUCGAACCACUGCUGGAUCGAAUCGUUGCUGAUAGGCACACAGUUGUCUGUCCGGUUAUCGACAUCAUUGAUGCGGACACUUUGAAGUAUAUCGAAUCGCCAGUAUGCAAAGGGGGCAUGUCAUGGUCAUUGGCAUUUAAGUGGGAUUAUUUUCCACCACUAUACUUUGAUGAACCUAAACAGUAUGUGCGUCCGGUGAAAUCACCAACAAUGGCUGGUGGUUUAUUUGCCAUUGACAAGAAAUAUUUUAAUAUGCUUGGGCAAUAUGAUCCAGGAAUGGAAAUUUGGGGAGCAGAAAAUGUAGAAAUUUCUUUAAGAAUUUGGAUGUGUGGCGGCCGCUUGGAAAUUGUUCCAUGUAGCAGAGUUGGCCACAUAUUUCGUCAACGGCGUCCAUAUGGACUCGGAAUUGAUUCAAUGGGCAGGAAUGCAGCUCGUACUGCCAAUAUCUGGCUCGAUGAAUAUAUUGACCAAUUUUAUGCAGCCAAGCCAAAUCUGCGAGGGAUCAAUAUAGGCGAUAUAAGGGAAAUGAAAGAAUUACGCAGGAAACUGCACUGUAAACCGUUUUUAUGGUAUCUUCAAAAUAUUUAUCCAGAAUUACUGCCGAACAACCACCCAACGAUGACCGAUCUAAAGAAAUCUGAUAUGCUACGAAGUAGAAAUAUCGCAAGAUAUCAUAUAAUCUUAUACAACACAAGCUUAUGUCUCACAGCUCAAUCAUUGAAUGGACGUUUGGUUAGGGGAAGUAGUGUCAUUGUGGAGUAUUGUCGCGAAAGAGAUCGUCAUCAAAUUUGGCGCUGGACAAAACUUGGCGAACUUCGUCCCAUGGGUUCGGCAACGCUUUGUCUCGACUCAUUAAAAGGACCACGUAUUCUAAAAUGUCACUUACAAGGUGCUCAUCAAGAAUGGUCGCUAACGGGUCGUAAAAUCUACAACGCAGCAGUUGGUCAGUGCAUACAUAGCGAAAAAGAAUUGUCCAGUGUAACCAAAAAUCGUUUUUGCUCUAUUGCAAGUGAAUGGGAAUUUCAGGUUAACUCAAACUAA